AUGAACCCUUGGCUGAACGACGCCUCCUCGAAUCCAAACAAUCAUGUUGGCUUUGGAGGCCCGAUGGAUGCAGGCAUGUCUUUCUUGCAACCUCCUCAGACGAUAAAUCCCGCGCAAUUCCAGAAUCCCGCCUUCCUCAAUGGCGCCGGCCGAACAACCUCCCCUGCCUUCCACAAUCCUGUAUAUCAGACGAACUCAAUAAUACCAUCUAAGAGAGCAAGAGAAGAUAGUCUGAUCACAUCGCCGCGUCAGGCACCAGGCGGCCUACCUGGUUCGAGGUCGCAAACUCCUGCUCAAGUUCCCUUCCCCGGCUACAACCCCCAGGCCAAUGGCGCGCCUGCAAUAUCCAAUGCGCCAACACCUUUUGCCCAUCUCCAGACCUCAUCUAAUGCGACACCAUCUCCCACGAUACAACAGUUGAAUCACUUCAACUCUGCUCAGGCCAAUCAACGCGUUGCGACAGCUUCUCCGAGCCCCUUCUCACCUCAACAUGCUCCGCCUCACGCUUCGCCAGCUCCGUCCGACCAUGCCGGUCGCGUCGCAACACCCCAUGAUAACCCUCAGAAUUUCAUGCCUAAUGGCGCAUUCGCGCCGGGCUUUAACCAACCACAAUUCGGGCAGAACGUUAGCAACGGGAUGGCGCAAAUGGGGAUGAGCCCACAAGUUAAUAUGGCUGGUCAACAUCCCAACAUGGCAGCGGCGCAGCGCAACUACCAGAUGCAGCUGCAGGCUCAAGCUCGUCAAAUGCAGGCGCAAGCCCAGGCGCGAGGGAUGAAUGGUAUGCCACCCAAUGCUGCCCAGCCCGUCCCCAAUCCACAGUUACCCCAGCAAGGGGUUCCGGGAGUGUUCAAUUCCUCCAGGCCGAACAACCCCGAAGAUUUCAUCCGCGGUCUACAAUCUUUCAUGGCGGCAAGAGGCCGACAGGUUGACCUGAACCCGGUGAUCUGUGGUCGGCAACUUCCACUUCUGAGACUGUACGCGGCCGUGGUUAAGAGCGGCGGCUCACAAAGAAUAUCAAAGUUGAAUCAAUGGGCUGCUUUUGCUCAACAAUUCGGAUUCCCGCCGCUCCAACAGAUGCAAGCAGCACAAGAGCUGCAGGCAUAUUGGAUGAACAACCUCGCUCCGUAUGAGGCUGCCUGGCAAAUAUCCCAGCAGAAACAGAAAAUGGCAGCGCAAGCCGCCAUACAAAGCCAGGUGCCACAUCAAAUGUCCCCCGUGCGCGAGCAGCCACAAGAUCCUGGUCACCAGAGAAGUGUGUCCGCUGCUGGACCCGUCCCACAACCAGGGCAGCACCCUACAGCAAAUGGAUUCGGUCAACCCCCCCAUAGUCAAGGACAACAAGACCCAUCUGUCACUUCUCAACAUCGUUCAAGCUUAUCGCGGCAAUUCGAUCCCCAGCAGAUAGCUACGAUACAGGCACAGGCACAGGCACAAGCGCAAGCACAAACCCCUCAAAAACGUCCUCAAACAAGCACAAGCAAGAUGACAGAGCCUGAGCCCGACCUGAACAAGCCUCUGUCCGCGCCAAUAGAAGAUCCCUUCAAGCCUGAUGUCCUUCCACCGAGCCGUUUUCACGGGCCGAUCAACGUGGAGGAGAUGUUUAUCCUCGGACAACAUAUCUUCGAGUCCAAGCCUGUGGUACCCACUAUUCGCGAGCUGGGCGUGAUUGACAUCCAUGCGUUAACGAUGGCGAUCAAAUCUGGCAUGCAUGCCGAAACACGCGUUGCGCUGGACACCCUUGUGACCCUGUCGAUGGAGUCUGGAUUGCAACUUCAACUAGGCGAGUGCGAUGAUCUUGUGGACACCUUGAUCGAUUGCGCGCAGGACCAGGUCAAUUUCCUGAGUGAACACGCCACAGAAGUUUCCGAUGAGAUGUUCCUCACAUCAUACGAAGAGCUUGUCCGCGCGUGCCGCUUCGAACACGAGUCUCUGCAAGACCCCGUCGAAUUUGGAACAGUCGCAUAUGAUCUCGAACGAGCAGCGGACCGCUUGAUAUGUAUCACCACCCUUUUACGCAAUUUUUCCUUCUACGAAGCCAACUUUAGCAUACUUGGCUCGGCGGUAGUGGUCAAGUUAUUGAGCGCCGUUAUCCGGUACCUGGGGACGACAGAAAUGUUUCUGCGCCAGAAUCGGAACACCCUGGAUUUCAUGAAGGAUGUGGUCAUCUAUUUCAGCAACCUGUCAACAUCCCUCCAACUUCCUGGCAAGGACGAGGCACUCUGCGUUCUCCACUUUCUGCUCGCCUUUGCACCCACUCCGCCGCCAACAUCAGGCUCAUCGAACAAGAUCUCCUUUGUUGGGUACACGCCGGGUCUACACAAGUACAUGCCUUCUGCUGUUGACAGCCUAGCAAAAUUGCUGGCGCGUGACGAACCAAACCGGACGUAUUAUAAGGCCAUUUUCGCAGCCGACGGUCUUUCAAACACUCCCUACGAGCUUCUGACGAGAGCAUUUGGCUUGGCUAUUUCUCCAAUCCCUGGUAAUUCGAACCACACGAGAACGAUUAUUGAAGCACGGAAGCCGUACCUCCUACAAGGGAUGUUGGCAGCCGAGAUAUUGGCGAGUCUUGCCCCAGGCUCGGAUCAUCCGCUUGCCCGCUCGUGGCUGGAGUCAGAAGACGGAUUCGCGGGAAACCUCCUACGACUGGUCGGCUUACUCAGUGCAGAUCGUAGCACGCAAACCGCUCCUAGGCAAUCCAAUAAUCGAAACCACCCACCUCCAGAACCCGACGCCAACGGCUAUGGUGCGAUUGCAAAUCGCGCAAUGGCAGUGCUGAAGACGCUGGUGCAGAAAGCCCGAAAAACUGACGAGCUUGGUUCAACGGUUGUGCCUUUGGGUAUCAUGCCAAGUAAGGAGAGUUUGCUGGGAGCCAUGAUCCAGAAGGAUAUUGACCCCGGUAUACUAAGACAACUCUGCGUUUAUGCCGGUCUGGAGGAUUGA